ACUUGUCAUAGUCCGGAGAAAGAAAGUCCGCUUGUCACACACAAAGAAACAGCAAAAUUUUGCUGUUGCCACGGAACAGAGGCGAGUCGACUCGAGUCGAGCUUGAGGUGGUGCCGGCUUGGUGGGCACUCCCGCGUGGUCCCAAGUAUGCGGGAUUAUUCAGAGCGAUUCAUUUGGUUCCCACCCGUCGGUCGGUCGCGAACACGGCUUGCCCUCUCCCACGAGCAGGAUGGCAAAUCUGACAUUUGUGCGAAGGCAACACGGGGUGCUUCCUAUGACACUUGCUACAAUUGCUCAGUUAUGCGGGAAACAGCCAAAUCGAAUUGCGGAUACAAUUGCUACUGGAUGCCAGCCCCCACGUGGAGAUGCUUAUUUCCGGGAACAAGCCAAUCGGCGACAAAUGAAACAGAGUCUAUCGGCAAUAGGGAUCUCAUCCCAGCGCUGAUACAAAGCAAUGACCCAGCAAUGCUAUCUAGUACGGUCUCACCUAUUCUCCACGUGCGAGAUUAUUUGUAAACCGCACAGACGGCUCUGAGUACCAGGUUUCGUCAUGGAAUUUGGCCUGCGCGAAGAAGACCUGUGGAUGGAUAGCAUCCA